AUGGCUUCUUCCAUGAGUUUGAUCCCCAGUUCCUCCAAAUUCGCCACUCUUCAUGAGGCUUAUGGCCUUACUACGGCCAACAGAGUGGAGUUCCCGGCUGCUAGAGUUGUGAUCACUUCGCCGCCACCUGGGAAGGUGGGUGUUUAUCAAAAAACUUUCGACGCUGACCUUCGUCUUCCACUGAAUGAUUUCCAUGAGGAAAUACUUCGGCGUAGUGGAUGCAAUGUUCAGAUGUUGACCCCUGGUGCUGUCCACAAGAUAGUAGCUUUUGAAAUGAUAUGUCGGGCUAAUGGCAUCGUUCCUAACUACCUCAUCUUCAAGUUCUUUUUCCAGUUUGUUGCUACUAACGAAAAGUACACUUUUUCUGCUCGCCGGGCUAGUCAUGAUCUCGUCCUUGACAACAAACCACCAAAGAAUUGGCAAGACAAGUGGUUAUGGGUCAACCAGGAUCUGCUUGGCUGGGAAUACCAUCGGACGAAUGCUUUGUCAGAUGUUACUCCGAAACUGUUCCCUCAUAACCAAGAAACUGCCGAUUUCUUGUGCACUCUUCAUGUAGACAUUGAUACAAUGUUGGAGGCGUUACUUGUUGGGAUUGGGAUGAGUCCUAGCUGGCGUGCCAAGAGAGAGAUGUCCGUCUUCUAUACCGUCUCUAAUGGGAUAGGUCUUGUUGAAAGAAACAUCGUUGGUGUGGUUGGAGCUGAUGGAGCGGGAGAUGAAACUGAUGUAGGUAAUGCCAAUGACGGCGUCUAA